AUGGCAAACUGCUGUCUGUUCGAGCAGGCCCCUUCCGCUGCUGAAAAGACGCGCAGGAGGUGGUCCGACGAUCAGCUGGGAACCCACCCCAUGAUGAACUUCACUGACAUUGCCAUGCACGAGACCAACUACUGCAGCCACUGCAUCAGCGGCAAGACGCCCAUCGAGGACAUCGUCGAGACAAUGAAGGAGUUUGUCCUCUGGGGGUGUUCCCAUCCUCGGGACAAAGACGGUGGCGUUUCUGGAGGAGACGUCGGCGUGAACGGCGUGUUUUCCGCCCUCAGACCCGACGAGGAAGCCGAGAUCAGACGGGCGGUCGAGGCCGCCAAGGUGUUUGGCACACGGGAUGCCGAGCAUAUGAUGAGCGCACUGGUAGGGAUACGCGCCGCCGAGGAGUUGAGCGGACGGUGGUAUAACGGAAGAGCCGGUCGAUCGCUUUAA